AAACAAGAGGCAAUACCGGUAACCUAGUUUUUUAUAAGAGUUCGAACACUUCACGAGGAAGCAAGCAUGCUGCUCCGAGUGGUUUUGCCUUUGGCUUUUGUGGCCCUCAUCAAUGCUGCUCCAGCCAAGGAGGUUGAUGACCUUUCUGUAGCAGAAGGUCGCCAUGUUCCUUCCUACGGUGCCGCCCCCUAUGGCGGUCCUGUCUCUUACGCCGCACCUGCUGCCCCUAAAUAUGGCAGUGCCACCGUAACUUCCUACAACAGACGUGGAUCCUACGCACAAGCCAGCGAAUACGCCAAGCCCUCCAUCUACGGCAGCAGCUACGCUCAGCCUUCCAUCAGAUCAACAUCUUACAGCGCCCGACCUGCACCAUAUGGCCCAGCUACCCAUGGCUAUGCCAGCCAGGAAUUGAGCUAUCCUGCUCCUGCAGCUCCAGUUGCAUAUGGUGGAUAUGGACCUCAGACCAACGCCUACUCUGAACAAUCACAGCAUCUGUCCCAAGAUCCUGCUUACGAUCCUGCCAAGGAUCCAGUCAGCCAAUAUGCUGCCUACAUUCCAGUUAGGGAAUACGCACCCAAAGGCCACUCUAAUGGGAAUGAGCUGAGCAUUUACGGUUACAGGAAGUGAAACAAAUCGGCGCAAUUAAAUUAUUCCGUCAGCAAAAAAAAAAAAAAAAA